GCAGGGCGUGUGUGACUGCGCAUGCGUGGCGCCGCAGACUGCCAGCCCGGCGUGAGUCGAGGAGGAAGCGCAGCUUGUUCGGCCUCCUUUGCUUCCGUCUCUGACAGAGGACGAGCGAACCACCGUCCACCUGCCGUAUUCUCUCAUCGGCGGGACGGGAAACUGCACAGAACCGUGUGCUCGUGUGUUUUUGGAGUGUUUCAGUACAAAGCCUCCAUGGAGUCUGAUGGGAGGAGAGAGCAGCUGAAGACGAACCUCGAACACUGAGACGGUCUACACGAGAAUCCGAGCUGUCCCACUAUGGAGCUAAGCAGAUUGGUGACUUUCUGGAUUGUAUGUAUAUGCUUCUUGUUGGAAUGUCGAGCGGACAAAUCCAAUCAUGUAAGCCCAGACCCCUUACCAUCGGACAACGGUGUCUCAGAGCUUUGCCGCAUUGACGAGCUGCUCUGCCAGGAUGAGAACGCCAUCCUCAGUUUUGAGGCCAUCCGCAGCAUUCACAAGCAAAUGGACGACGAUGCCAAUGGGAAUGUGGAUGUUGUGGAAACCGAUGGGUUUUUAAGAGAGGACCUCAACUACCAUGACCCCAAAGCCAAGCACAACAGUUUCCAUGGUGACGACCAGCUCAUAAGCGUGGAGGACCUGUGGAAUGCCUGGAAGAGUUCGAAAGUGUACAACUGGACAGUGGAUGAGGUUGUGGAUUGGCUUAUCGACUACCUCGAGCUGCCACAAUAUGCGGAAGCCUUCCGGAAGUUGAAUUUUAACGGUACAUCCAUGCCCCGAUUGGCGGUGAAGAAUGCCACUCUUACACAGACCGUCCUGAAGAUUCUGGACCGGAGUCACUUUCAGAAACUACAGCUCAAGUCUCUGGAUACGGUUCUGUUUGGAGCUCCUAUGAUGAACAGACAUAACCAUCUGAAGGACUUCAUGCUGGUGGUGUCAAUAGUCAUCGGAAUGGGAGGCUGCUGGUUCGCUUACAUUCAGAACCGGCACUCUAAAGACCACAUGAAGAAGAUGAUGAAAGACCUGGAGAGCCUCAACCGGGCAGAGCUGAGCCUUCACGACCUACAGCAGAAGCUGCAGAUUGCUCAGGAGGAACACCGUUCAGUGGAGGUGGAGAAGGUAAACUUGGAGCAGAAGCUGAGGGAUGAGAUCAAUGCUGCCAAACAAGAAGCGCAGAGACUGAAGGGGCUCCGAGAGGGAACUGAGAACGAGCUGAGCCGACAGAAAUAUGCAGAGGAGGAGCUGGAGCAGGUGGUUAUGGCCCUGAAGAAGGCAGAGAAGGAGCUGGAGUCUCGCAGUAGCUGGUCUCCUCCUAAUGCCCUGCAGAAAUGGCUGCAGCUCACUCAUGAGGUGGAGGUGCAGUACUACAACAUCAAAAAACAGAACGCAGAGAGACAGCUGCAGGUGGCCAAAGAGGGGGCAGAAAAGAUUAAGAAGAAGAGAAAUACUUUAUUUGGGACGUUCCAUGUGGCACAUAGUUCCUCACUGGAUGAUGUGGAUCACAAAAUACUUUCAGCUAAGCAAGCUCUGGGUGAGGUAACAGCAGCUCUGAGAGAGAGACUCCAUCGUUGGCAGCAGAUUGAGAUCUUAACAGGCUUCACGCUGGUCAAUAACCCAGGCCUGCCCUCUCUGGCCUCUGCCCUCAACCUGGACCCCAGUUUCAUGGGCGGCCGCGGCACACCCCAGCACUUCAUGUCCGACGACAUGGAUGAUAUGGACGAGGACAUAGUGGCACCAGGAACACUCCAAUCUCCCAGUAUGAUGUCACUCCGACAACGGCACAUUGACCCGCAGCUGUCCCUGGGUUCGCAGAGGUUGGUAGAGAGUUGCCUCGCACUUGGUGGGCAGGAAGGGGAGGGUAGCUUGUACUCGUCCAGGUCUAGGACAGUGCUACGCCAGGCACGCAGCCAAUCCUUUGGGCAGUUUGACUCUCUGGGACUGCCUCCUCUUUCCUCAGCAGUGUCUCAUCCUGCUAUCUACUCCGCUGCCUCAUCCCACGCUCCCCACUGCUCUUCCGUCGCUACUGCCCCUCAUGCAUCCCACUAUCACUCUUCACAUUUCCUGCCUAUGGACACCAUCCCAGACCUCCCCUAUGAUGCCAGCCCAGAGCGCCCCCGCCAUUGCGGCAGCUAUGGGGACUUGAAUCGCUCCGACUCUGAUUCCUCCUUGUGUAUAUCCCAGACUGGCGAGCAGCUACGUCUAUCCUACAGUUCCAAAGGCUUCCCUGUGAAGCCCACUUCGCUCCUGCAUGGCCCCCAUUCACGCUCUGAAGAGGGAGCUCACUCCCAAACCCACAACGGAGGCAACAGAGUUCACGAUGUGGGGGCAUCUCCCGAUGGAGGAUCUGAUAGUCCCAUAUUAAUGAAGAAGGUGUAUGGCAUAGAGAAAUCCGCCAGUAUGAGCGAGAUCCAAGGCUCCCAAGCGGUGAUGUCCAUGUCGGAAUCCUCACGCUCCUUAAGCCCAAACUCCACUGAACCCGAUACGCCGUCCCCGACUGGACUGACUGGGGGGAAAGCCGGAAACCGCAUACCCCAGAUCUCCUCGAAAAAGAGCCCCCUAGAGGAGGACAGUGGCUCCACAGGUGAAGACACUGACUCUGCUGCCAGUCGCAAGAAACAUACCUUCAAGAUCUUCAAAAAACAGAAGAAAUAAGACAACUGGAUAACUGUUUUGUUUUCCCCUUACAGUUCUUUUUGUCGUGUUGUUAAUAUAAAUGUUUAUUUUUUUCCCCCUUUUGGUCAGAAGUUACGGCACCACCAGACACCUUUCUGAGGUCUUUAUAGAAAUGUUUGCUUUUUCAGAGGAACACUUAGGAACAAGCAUGAUUUUGGGAGAGGGUGGGAAUGGGAUGGACUAUUUUUUGGGAAUGUAACACAUUAUUUAUUCAGCAGGAGACAGUGCCAGACUUUCAAAAAGACUUUCAAAUCUUCCCUCUGAUGGACUUUUCUUUCCUUGUAUAAUCAGUAUCAGUUUGGCACGGAUCGCCUUUGUU